GUCCUUUAAAAAGAUCAACAUUUUUCCAACAGUUGCCCUUUUAUAUAACCUUCACCAUUUGAAGAUUUUGAUCUCAAUCAACCGUAGAUUCGUAAACAUCUCCGUAUAUUCAAGGUUACAACUUUUAAAAAUUCACAAAUGGAAACUACAGGGGAAGCAAAACUCGUUGGCUUGUUGGAUAAAAUCCAGCCGCCACGUCUUGAAGACGCAGGCCUGGAGGAAUGUGCUCUUCCGCCCGACUCCAUACAAGAAGCCUUCCUCAAGGCUGCUAGUGCUGUGCGGUCACGCAUCUUCUCCACCUCAGAUGAUGAAUCAGAAGGAGAAUGCGUUAAUGACCCGUUGCCGGACAAUGGAUAUGCGGGCGAUAAACUUGUCGGAAUCACAGCGGAGGGUGAUCCUUCGGGCAGUUGUGUACCGAAGAAAGGUGGUGAGUUACCUGCAGUGAACGGAGAUGAUGUGAUCGUUGGCGGCAGGGAGGGAAUGCCGGAUAAGGUGGUGGAACCGGAGGUGCCAGAUGAGGCGGAGAAAUCGUGUGUUGAUGGAUUACAAGGGUUAAAAAUCCGAGAGAAAAAGGUUGAUGGAGAAAUUAAAGGUAAGAAAUCUGAAUCGAAUGAGGAUGAUGAUGAAGAAGAUGAGAAAAUACCAGUGUUGACUGAAGUUUGUAUAUGAUUAGAAGUAACUUGUUUACCUUGUGCUUGUAGGAGUUGUAAUGUCUGUAUUAGUUUUCUGCAAUGGAUCUUUUGAAAUCUUGUUCUGAUUAGUACCGUGAUACAUUACAAAUCAUAAAACCUGCCAAGCCGUUGAAGUUUGUAUUAUACUAUUAUUAUGCAACUUUAUACAAGUUUGGUGGUUAAA